CCACUAAGGAUGAGUUCCUCCUCUGUAUCUCAAUCAAAACAGAAGAGUUGCUCUGCUUUACAAGGUGACUACACUCAAUUGCAGUUGCAAAACUUUACUGCUGUCUCUAAACAACAAGAAGAACGGCAGAAUCAAGAGCAACACUGCUUUGUUUUGGGUACCGACAUCAAAUCUGAAAGACCAAUGAAGGUGGAGAGGGAAGAGGUACCUCAGCAACCGCUGCUUCACUUCUUCGAUGAAUGGCCACCAAAGAACAGGGACUACUCCACCACAACCCAGCUCUUGAUUUCCAUUCCAAUGCCCUCUCCUGACCUCUCAGUGUCCAAUCCCCGAACCCAGAAUGAUGGUUGAACUGUCAAAGUGGAUGGGUUUUUUUCGCUGGAUCAAGAGAACUGCUCUGCUAUGCUCUCUGUUUAGUCUGUGACUGAAUAAUGAGUGCAACAAGAGCC